CUAAAUGAGCACAGCUCUCUCCUAGCUUUGAACUUAAUGCUUCCUUUCUUUCCCUCAUAUCCUGUUACCUAAGGAUAUAUUUGAGUUUUGACAUGAAAAAGUAAGGCAGAAAGGGCUUCUCUCUCUAUCAAUCCAUGGAUUUGAAUCAGUCAAUUGAGUUCAAUCUUUCUUCCACCACAUCUCCACAAGUGCACAGUUUCAUGCCAAUGUCUUCUGUCUUGAUUUCUAAUUACCAUCACCCAACAAAUGAGGGUUGUAAAGAGGCUAGGAAGUCUCGUUUUAUGCAAGUGCAGAAGCAAAAUUUGGAGAGAUUUUGGAAUCAACAAUUGCUGGAGAUUCAGAAUACUUCAGCGUUUAAGAGCCAUCAUCAACUUCCUCUUGCAAGGAUCAAAAGGAUCAUGAAAUCUGAUAGACAAGUGAAGAUGAUCAGCGCAAACACUCCUAUAUUGUUGUCGAAAGCAUGUGAGAUCUUCAUCUUGGAGCUCACUCUUCGCUCAUGGCUGCAAACUGAAGAAUGUAAGCGUGGAACGCUUCAGUGUUGUGACAUUGCUAAAGCUAUAAGGCUCAAUGAUACUCUUGAUUUCUUGGUUAAGCUUGUCCCUUAUGACCAUCACAAAAAGGAUGAUGAGACUGGAAACUGUGGUGAAGACCUUGAACCUCUUCCUGCAAUUCAAGUUCCAUUUCCUAUGAUAGACAUUAAUGAGUGAACAAAGGAUAGCGGAAAUCAAUGAUGGAAGAGUGUAGCAAGUAACAAUCAUCGUUUAAUCUUGUGAUUGGCGAUGAAAGGGAUGGAUUCAUAUCAGACGUUAAGUAUAUAUACAUAUAGAAUCAUUUUGCACAAUUCUGUUUUAUACUUUCAGUUUGUUUCACACUUUCAGUUUGUUUUGCAAAAUUCUUAUAAUGUUAUUUCUAAAUUGAAGUGGAUAUUCUUAAUUAUAUUAGAAUUGAUGAGCUAUUAGUAUAAAUAUGAGUAUUAUCUAGAGAUUUUUUAGGUUUUCGUCCA